AUGGCUGCCUUGCCUUCUCCUACUCAGGUGGCAGGGACCCACAGCGCUAUAUACGAAGCAUAUUAUCAUCAGGUCGACCCCAAUGGCGCUGGAACUAUCCAGGCGCUGGACGCGGCGCGAUUCCUCAAAAAGUCCCGGCUCAGCGAUGUGGUGCUCAGCAAGAUAUGGGACCUCUCCGACCCCACCGGCAAGGGUUAUCUGGACAAAGCUGGUUUGUUCGUGGCACUAAAGUUGGUUGCGCUGGCGCAGGCCGGCAAGGACAUCAACAUGAGCAACAUACACUCAGAGGCGCCGCCACCUAAAGUGGGCGAGCUUCCCAAAGUACCUCCGGUGAGUGCGACGCCUCCGGCCCGGCCGGCGGCGCCCUCUCCCGCGCCCUCCAUGCCGCUCAGCGACUGGAGCAUGAAGCCAGCCGAGAGGGAUAAGUACAACCAGCUGUUUGAGUCAUUGCAGCCCAACAAUGGACUUAUCGCUGGGAAUAAGGUGAAAGGAGUGCUGAUGGAAUCAAAGCUACCUAUAGAUACUCUUGGCAAGAUUUGGGACCUCGCCGACCAGGACAAAGAUGGGAUGCUUGACAGACACGAGUUCAUGGUGGCCAUGCACUUGGUGUACAAAGCGCUGGAGAAGCACGCGGUGCCCACAACGCUCCCCCCAGAGUUGCGAGCUCGGCCAGCGCGGCCCCCAUCUCGCCCUCCAUCUCGUCCCCCGUCUAGACCACCGUCACGACCCCCAUCCCCAGGUUCGCGCCCACCCCGGCCGCAGCCCCCGCCCCAGCAGUCGCAAGGAAACACUGCGUUAUUAGAGGGACUCUUGGAUCUAUCAACUCCACCCUCACAAACCGCGCCGCCCAUACCGCCCGUGCCCACGAUGACCCCCCACAUGCCCUCUCAAGGCGCGGGGUCCAACUGGGUGGUGACGCCGGUGGAGAAGGCGACCUUCGACGCACAAUUCGCGGCAGCCGACACCGACAGAGACGGGUUCGUUUCCGGCCUCGAGAUCAAACACGUGUUCCUCGAUUCUGGACUACCUCAACAGACUUUGGCACAUAUAUGGGCGCUGUGCGACAUGGAAGGCUUGGGCAAGCUGUCGUGCAACCAGUUCGCGCUGGCCAUGUGGCUCGUGCGGCGCGCGCUGCGUGGCGUGGCGCCGCCCCCCGCGCUCACCCCCGACAUGCUGCCCCCCCCACAGGACGCGCUGCAGCUGCUCGCGCAGGUACUUUACAAUUUCUUAUUAGUCAUUCAGGUCAUUAAAUGUGUGUUAGAUUUCAUCCAACUCUGUUUAUCAGUUUUUUUAUGGAAGAGUAACUAA